CAAAAAAGUAGCCCCCUCCGCAAAAAAAGACACAUUUCAGCAGUCUCUCAAAUAAUUUCAAAUGUGAAGGCACAUUUAUUUUUCGUUUUUGUAUUAUUAUUGUUUGCCUGCGAAUGAGUCUUCUGGCUGGAUGGUGAAAACGUGUUCGCACUCUAAUACUAAAACGUCUGCCCAGUUUGCAAAACGAACGAAAAAACCGAAACGUUGUCUUAUCACAUUCAAUAACUUUUGGCCCUAACCGCAUUAGCGAAAAAAAUUCACUCACCAAACAGAGAAACGCACACACACACACACAUAUACAGCAGCAGACACAUAAGCGCGCGUGCGAGAGGCGGCGGCCUAGCAGCCAAGCAAGGAGCACAAGCAGUAGCGGCAGAAUUUGGCAUUGGCCAAAAUUCGUUUGCUCGUCAGCACCGGCAAAAUUGAGUGGAUUGCCGACUCAGCAAGCAAGGCUUGUGAGAAAAAACGAAGAUCAGCUAGCGAUAAAAAUCAAGACACACAUCUGGCAAAGAGACGAGACAACCGACAGCGAUGUCACAGCAUGGCGUGACUGAGGCGCUGGCCGCCGAACUGGCCAAGGCGGUGGACUUGAUACUACAUCCGAUGACCGUGCAACAGGCACGUCUCGAGGCACACAUGGCCUGCGAACGGUUCAAGGACGAGUCACCGAUGUGCGCCCAGGUGGGACUCUAUUUGGCCAACUCGACACAAUACAAUCAGCAGGUGCGUCACUUUGGACUCCAGCUGAUCGAGUAUACCAUCAAAUUCAAAUGGAAUUGCAUUACACACGAGGAGAAGGUGUACAUCAAGGACAAUGCGAUGAAGAUGCUCAACUCGGGCGUGGGUCCCGCCGAGGAUCGCACACUAAUGCAUUUAAAGGACGCGCUCUCUCGCAUCAUUGUCGAGAUGAUCAAGCGCGAGUGGCCCCAACAGUGGAGCGACCUGUUGCCCGAACUCUCGCUCGCCUGCAACGCUGGCGAGGCACAAACCGAGCUCGUCCUCAUGGUCUUUCUGCGUCUCGUCGAGGAUGUGGCGCUGUUGCAGACCAUCGAAUCGAAUCAGCGACGCAAGGACAUGUACCAGGCGCUGAACAACAACAUGAAUGAUAUCUUCGAGUUCUUUUUGCGACUGAUCGAACAGCAUGUGACGGCAUUUCGUGAGACCACAAGACUGGGCAACUUUCAGCAGGCGAACGCACACAGUCGGGUCGUCGAGAUGGUGCUGCUGACGAUGAGCGGAUUCGUCGAGUGGGUCAGCAUACAACACAUCAUGUCCAGCAAUGGCAAACUGAUGCAUUUCCUCUGCAUACUCCUCAACGACAAAGCAUUCCAGUGCAAUGCCGCCGAGUGUCUCGGCCAGAUUACCAAUCGCAAGGGUCAAACGAAGGAGCGCAAGCCGCUGCUGCAUCUGUACGGCGAGGAGCCGCUGCGCUACAUUUACACCGCCAGUCAAAUGCAACCAGAUCUGAGCAGCGCUCAGUCGAUCGAGCAACAGCACACGUUCCUCAAGAAGCUCCUCCAGAUGCUUAAUGGCCUGGUGCAGCAGCUGGUCGCACUCUGGGGCAAGGAGGAAGGCAUCCAGCGACCGGCGCAUCUUGAGAUAAUGUUUGAGUGCCUGCUGCUGCUCGUGCAGCAUCCGUCGCUGAGUGUCGCACACGGAGCGGCUCUCAAUUGGCAGCUGCUGCUGAAGCACGAGGGCUGCUCCAAGGAUUACCUGAUGGUCAACUACAUUCCCAAGCUGAUCCACACGAUUGCGCCGCGCAUCGUGAAGCUGCCAUAUCCGCAACAGCAACAACAACAGCAGCUGGGCACCACCGAUUACUACAUACAGCUGGAGUACGACAGCGAGGAGGAGUUUGCCGUCUAUUUCUUUCGCUGUCGCACCGACUUCCUCGAGAUCUUUCGCCAGGCGACGCUCGUCCAGCCGUUGGUCACCUACGGCUACUGCGAACAGUGGCUGCAGUCGCGUCUGCGCCUAACACAAGCCUCGCCCGACAACGGCAACUGCAGCGUCCAUGAUCCCAUGUACCUGGAGUGGGAUGCGCUUGUCUGUGUGCUCGAUGGCGUCCUCAGUCGCAUACUUUUGGUGUCGGAGCGUCCGUCGGUGGCGAAUGGACUGAGGCUGCUCGGCGAUUGCCUCAAACUGGAGACACAGAAUCCCCUCAUCUAUUCCAUACUGUUGUCCUGCAUCUCGGCGCUGUUCGUCUUCCUCAGCAUGUCCUCCUGCCAGCUGACCUCCAACAAUUGCGUGGCCAUGAGCGGAGUGGCGCUCCUUCCCCGCGUCCUCGACAAGAUCUUUCGCGCUCUGGUGCUGAAGCCACCCAACGAACAAGAGCGUGUGCAGCUCAAGGCGGCCAAGAAUUUGCGACGUCAUGCGGCUUCGCUGCUCGUCAAAUUGGCGCACAAAUAUCCGCUGUUGCUGCUCCCGGUGUUCGAGCAGAUCAACACGCACGUCGAGUGUUUGCUCAAGGAUCCCGCUUCGGGUGCGCAGCUGGAUCGCUUGAUGCGCACCACGCUUCAGGAGGCGCUCAUCCUCAUCUCGAACCACUUUGGGGAUUUUGAGCGUCAGACUCUCUUCAUCGAGCACAUCGUGCAGCAGAAGCGCAACGAGUGGCUGCACUUUGGGGACGCCUUCAAGUCGCCGCUUCAAUUCAUGCACUACAUUGGACUGGACAAACCCCCCGUGCUGAACAUCGAGAGUGAUCCAUCUGUGGCGCAUCGCAUGCGCAUCCUAGACGCUCUGCACGUUGUCCUCGGUGUGAUUAAGCGCUGCACUUGGCCCGACGAUCCGGAUCGGGCGCAGCGAGGUGGCUUUGUCAUCGGGUGCACCGAUGUCGGUAAUCCCAUUUGCCGCAAUCCCGCUACCAAUCAUGUGGUGCCGUUGCUAUCGCAUGUACUCAGCCUGAUGCGUGUCCUCAACGAACUGUUUCGCCCCGAAGCGUUGGCAGCGCUCUCCGAAGGCUAUCGGAAUAUCCACGGCAUGCUCGAGCACGAGAAGAAGCUGCUGAUGGCGAUCUGUGCGGUGCCCGCCGACCCCCUGGACACCACCAUCAAGACCGAGCCGACGGCUUUCGAGAAGAUGCAAUCGUUCAUGUCGCUGGUCACCGAGGGCUGUUACCAUCUGAUGGGGAGCGCGGGUCCCUCGCUCGGUCGGGAUCUGUACCAGCUGGUGGGACUGUCGGAUGCCAUCAUCUCGAAUGUGUUCAGUUGCGUGGACAUCAUACCCGACUAUCGCCUGCGUCCUAUCAUUCGGGUCUUCUUCAAACCCUUCGUCUACUCGUGCCCGCCCAGUUUCUAUGACUCGGUGCUGGUGCCGCUGUUCGCCCACCUCACCCCGCUGAUGUGCGAGCGUCUGACGCGCCGUUGGCACUACAUCUCGGCGUUGUACGAGUCCGGGCAGCUAAACGGAGAUGCCACCGACACCCAGGAGGUGCUCGAGGAUCAGCUGAAUCGCACCCUGACCCGCGAAUAUCUCGAUGUGCUGAAGAUCGCAUUGGUCGGUGGUCAAAUUGGCGCUGAUCACGUGAGCGCCGCCGGCGGUGCCAAUGUGGUGGCCAUGGAGAACGAGGAGCAUUCGAUGGACAGUGCACCGCAGACGCGUGCCUCACAGACGGCGCUCCUCUCGGACAUCAUCUCGGAUCUGGGCAGCAAGUUGCUGCGCCACGGACACAUCAGCAACUACAUACUGAUGACGCUGCUGAAGGCGAUCGCGUGGAACGAUGGAAUGUGCAGCAUGAAGGCGGUGAACAUUGCGGCGCCGGUGAUGCGAUUCCUGGCCGGGGAGCAGCUGAUGGACGAGAAUAAGGCGGUGAGCGCAUUCACCGCAGUCCUGCAAGGGAUGCAGGUGCAUGGCCAGCACGAGGCCAAUCAAUCGGGACUGAUCACGCUGGGCGUGCAGUUCUACGAGCUGCUGCGUCCCAAGUUCCCCAUCCUGAGCGAGGUGCUCCAGCACAUUCCCAGCGUCAACGCGGCGGACGUGCAGAAGUUCGACGAGAAGAUCUCGGUGGCGCCUGUCAAGGGCAACAAGGUGGAUCGGGCCAAGAAGGACAUAUUCAAGAAGCUAACCGCACAGCUGGUGGGACGCAGCGUGAAUCAAUUGUUUCGCCACGAGGUGCAGAUUGCAAAUUUACCGCCAAUGCCGAAGCCAGCCGCAGUCGGUGGAGGAGCUGGCUCAAAGGACAUCAUGGACAGCAAUCAGAACUCGCAUUUGGGCAAGCUCUUUGGCAGCGAGAAGUGACAUCGUCGAGGAGGCGGCGACAGAGGCGGAGCAGCGAUCACGACUGAAGUUAAAUUAAUUGUUACACUAGUUAAACAUGUUACGACAUGUGAUUGAGCGAGUGUGAGAGACAGCACACGCGAACGAGCGAGAGAGAGGCAGCUAUACACACACGAUAGAGAGAGAUAGAAAGGAAGAGGUUUCUAAAGGUAGCUUUAAUAUUCAUUGCGCAGUUCCUUCAACAGUUUUAGGAUCUACUUCCUACACACCCUUCUCUCUGUCCCCUCUUUUAAACUGUCUUUUGAUCCUCCUCAUUGUUAUUUAUUGAUUCACACACACACAACACACACACUCACAAAUUCGUUGUGUAUUUUUUUGAUUUUUUUGCACAAAAUUUAAAAUUCAGAAACCAAGUGAAAAGAAACACCGAAGCAAAUCCAAGAUUUAAAUCGAAUCAGUUAUACAUAUACAUACGAUUAUUAUUAUAAUAAUAUUGUACCGGAAAGGGAAAGAGAGUGAGCGAAAGAGAAGCAUAGAGAGGGAAAGAGAAAAACGUUAUUUUAGCCUAGAGGAAUGAAUAUGAAAAUAUCUAUUCAACUCUAUUUUUUAUUUUUUUUUUAGUUGUGUAUAUUGCAUGAGAGAAAAGUUAAGAGAACUACUCCCUAUAUGAUAAUAUUGUAUAUUGUAUUUAUAUAUAUAUAAAGUGCAUAUAUAUCGUCGAUAUAUGGAUAUUGAAGCAACUUUGAAAUGACGCUUAGAGUUUACAAAUUAAGAAACUAGAGGCAGGACAGUUAUUAUUAUAUAAUAAAUGCAUCUUGUAUAAAUGGACACAAACACACACACACACAGAUUAAAAUCGGGAUAGAAUUGCGGGAUAUAUUUACAAUAUUCUUCACAACAUGGAAAUAAUAAUAAAAAAAAAAAAAACAAA